GAAUGGCCAAUGAAUAUUCAAAAAAGAGACCAUAAACAAAGCGUAUAUUGGUUCCCCAAUAUAGAGCUCCUGAAAUCUACUUGGGCGGUGUAUUUUGCUUCGUAUUUAACAAGAAUAGCAGUACGAUUGUUCUGUUGAUAUGUGGUCAGCUGGCAUCCUCUUUCUUGAGCUGAUUGUAAAACAAAGUCCCUUUAUGUUGGCAAAAU